GUGUCCCACUCACCUGUCCCCCCCAUACCCAUGUGUUCACCUGUGUCUCCGUGUCUGUGUGUGUCCACCCGUGUCCCCUCAUGUCCGUGUGUCCCUCCACACAUGCCCCAUCCGUGCACCCCCACGUCCACGUGUCUCCCCAUGCCCCCCUCCCACGAGUGCCCAUUUCCCCGUGUCCCCUUGUGUCCAUGUCCCCAUACCCACGUGUCCAUCUGUCCCUGCAUGUCCCCAUAUCUGCGCCCGUGUGCCCCCAUGUCCGUGUGUCCCCUGUACCCACGGGUGUCCUCGUGUCCCCAUCCCAGAUCCUGGAGAGCACGGUGGAGAAUGCACGCACCGUGCUGCAGAUUGACAACGCUCGGCUGGCGGCCGACGACUUCCGCGUCAAGUUCGAGGCAGAGCUGGCCAUCCGCCUGUCGGUGGACAGCGACAUCGCCGGGCUGCGCAAGGUCCUGGACGACACCAACAUGACGCGGCUGCAGCUCGAGGGGGACAUCGAGGCCCUGCGCGAGGAGCUGAUCCUGCUGCGCAAGGACCACGACCAGGAAGUGCAGGACCUGCGGGCGCAGGCCUCGCAGUCGGCGCUGACGGUAGAGGUGGACGCUCCGCAGUCGCAGGAUUUAGGGAAGGUCCUGGGAGAGCUGCGGGCUCAGUAUGAUGCCCUGGCCCAGAAAAAUUUGGAGGACCUGGAGAAGCAGUGGGGGCAGCAGAUCACGGAGACCACCCUGGAGGUGACGCAGAGCACAAAGGACCUGGACGUGGCACGAGGCACUGUUGGGGCCCUGCGUCGCUCACUGCAAACCCUCGAGAUCGACCUUGAGGCCCUGCGCAACCAGAACUCGGGGCUGGAGGUGGCACUGCCUGAGGCUGAGGCUCAGGGCAGGGUGAACCCCCACAAGACUCCCUAA